CAGCGUGCCCUGCACCUCAGCCCGCGCGCUCGCAGUUUCUCGCUCUCGCCCGCCCUCCGCUCCUUAGCUUGCUCGCGCUUUUGCUCGCGCUCUCCUCGCGGAUCGAAGGGACUGUGGCUACAGCCUGUGGCUGGGAAGGGCGACAGAGGCGGCGGUUCAGGAGAAACGAAGCUGCAGUGGUGGUGGUGGGAAGAUGUCGGGCGAGGACGAGCAGCAGGAGCAAACUAUCGCCGAGGACCUGGUCGUGACCAAGUAUAAGAUGGGGGGCGACAUUGCCAACCGGGUACUUCGGUCUUUGGUGGAAGCAUCCUGUUCAGGUGUGUCGGUACUGAGCCUGUGUGAGAAAGGUGAUGCCAUGAUAAUGGAAGAGACAGGGAAGAUUUUCAAAAAAGAAAAAGAAAUGAAGAAAGGUAUUGCCUUUCCCACCAGCAUUUCAGUAAAUAACUGUGUAUGUCACUUCUCCCCUUUGAAGAGCGACCAGGACUAUAUUCUCAAGGAAGGUGACUUGGUAAAAAUCGACCUUGGGGUCCAUGUGGAUGGCUUCAUCGCUAAUGUGGCUCACACUUUUGUGGUUGAUGUAGCUCUGGGGACCCAAGUAACAGGGCGGAAAGCAGAUGUCAUUAAGGCAGCUCACCUUUGUGCUGAAGCUGCCCUACGCCUGGUCAAACCUGGAAACCAGAACACACAAGUGACAGAAGCCUGGAACAAAGUUGCCCACUCAUUUAAUUGCACACCAAUAGAAGGUAUGCUGUCACACCAAUUGAAGCAGCAUGUCAUCGAUGGAGAGAAAACCAUUAUCCAAAAUCCCACAGACCAGCAGAAGAAGGACCAUGAGAAAGUUGAAUUUGAGGUACAUGAAGUAUAUGCUGUGGAUGUUCUCGUCAGCUCAGGAGAGGGCAAGGCCAAGGAUGCAGGACAGAGGACCACCAUUUACAAAAGAGACCCUUCUAAGCAGUAUGGCCUGAAAAUGAAAACUUCUCGUGCCUUCUUCAGUGAGGUUGAAAGGCGUUUUGAUGCCAUGCCCUUUACUUUAAGAGCAUUUGAAGAUGAGAAGAAGGCCCGCAUGGGUGUGGUGGAGUGCGCCAAACACGAACUGCUACAACCAUUUAAUGUUCUCUAUGAGAAGGAGGGUGAAUUUGUUGCCCAGUUUAAAUUUACAGUUUUGCUUAUGCCCAAUGGCCCCAUGCGGAUAACCAGUGGUCCCUUUGAGCCUGACCUUUAUAAGUCUGAGAUGGAGGUCCAGGAUGCAGAGCUCAAGGCCCUCCUCCAGAGUUCGGCAAGUCGGAAAACCCAGAAAAAGAAAAAAAAGAAGGCCUCUAAGACUGCAGAGAAUGCCACCAGUGGGGAAACUUUAGAAGAAAAUGAAGCUGGGGACUGAGAAAGACCUGGAACCAGAGGAGCAGACUGAUUGAAGAGACAAAACUCCUGGCUUUCUGAAGCUGUGGACUUGGAUGAAUUGCUAGGGGUUUGGAGAGAAAGGUGACGAAUUUCAGUACCUCUGGCAUGCUGUCCCAGGGAACUAGGGCUCCCGCUAACUUACAAGGUUUUUAAACAUAUUGAAAAUGACAUGGCAUUAAAAUAAAUUUGGAUUUGCUCAUAA